AUGUCUCUAGAAGAAACGAUUUCACCAGAGCUGCAACAAUACAUUGAUCAAGUGGUUUCAAAAUUAUCCGGCAACAGUUGGUCUUUUUUACAAGGAUUCUUUCUUGGACAGCUUACGAUCGUGUUUUUGGUUCUUGCCUUCGUUAAAUUCAUGCUAUUAGAAGAAGUUCAGAAAAAACAAAAACGUCCACUUCCUCUUCCUACACAAUCGCCACUGAAAUCGCAAGCAGCUAAUUCAUCGCCAGCUUCAGUUAUUCUAUCAAAAACUUUAUAUGAUCCGAAAUAUCACCCUCCUGAAUCUACGGAUUGGCUUAAUGUGCUUUUAGCACAAGCCAUAAAUCAGUAUAGAGAAGAUGCCAAAGCUGAUAAUCGAUUGGUUCGAUUCGUAGAUCGAAUACUAAACGAAGGCGUUAAACCCAAUUUUGUAGGAACGAUUGAAGUUACCAAACUUGACAUAGGAGAAGAAUAUCCUAUUUUCAACAAUGCCAGAAUACGGUCGACAGAAACGAUAGACCGAAUGAGAGUAGAAGUCGAUUGCGAGUUUAACGAUCAAAUCUCGCUUGGUAUUGACACCCAGAUCAUUAUCAAUUGGCCAAAACCACGUAUAGCCGUUUUACCAAUUUCAUUAGUAUUAUCUGUAGUUAAAUUCUCUGCCACGAUGGCUUUGGAAAUUGAGACGAGUUCUGAUUCAACAUUCAUUGCUGUCUCAGCACUUCCGGAUUUCAUUUUGGAGUUUGGUGUACAAUCCUUGAUCGGAUCAAGAUCGAAACUUGAAGGAGUACCUAAAAUUACACACAUGGUCACUUCUAAGUUGAGAAACAUGUUUUGUGAAAAUUUUGUAUAUCCGAACUCUAAAAAAAUCAAGAUACCAAGUUUAUGGGAAACCGAAACCUAUAAGAAUAAUAUUGCCAUUUCUGAGGAUGCUUCGAAAUCAGAAAACGGCUUAGAUGGAAUAAAUAAUCAUAUAUCUCAUGAUGAUAAUGAGAAUAACCCAGAAGGUCAGGAUGCAUAUGAACAAGAGCAUUUGAUAGUGAAAGAGAAAUCUACAUCUUCAGCAUUGAAUGGAUUAAGGAAACGAAAUAGUGUUAUUAGUGAUUACCCACUUGUUCAGGAUGACAUCUUUUUUGGUCAUGGUAUAAAGUCCUAA